AUGAAAGUAAGAACGUAUGCUAUCUAUGUUCUUCUAACAACCCUCGGAGUAUUUUUAUGCGAUGCUUCAACUAAGCAUAACGGCAUCGGACCAAUAACUGAUCAUUUCAAGCAUUUUCUCGAUGAAAAUGGAUACAGCAUGUUUGAUUUUCCUCGUGCCGAUAUGUCUGAUUUUGGAAGUUUUGGAGGAAAGAAACAAGAUUCUGAUAAGAUAACUAAUUACCCAGUCGUUUUCAUCCAUGGCAAUUCUGAUGCAGCUCUAACAGCCAAUAGUUUCUCAACUGGGUGGACAAACACAGUGAACUAUUUCAUCAAGAAAGGAUAUAACUUGACUGAGCUUUACGCCACAUCAUGGGGCAACACAAUUGUCAGCCAGGCAUCUUAUAGAAAGCAUGACUGCAAAACUGUGAUUCGUCUUCGCAAAUUUGUGGAAGCUGUUCUUGCCUAUACCAAAGCGGAUAAGAUCAACUUCAUUACACAUUCAAUGGGAGUGACUUUAGGAAGAAAAGUUAUUGCAGGAGGAAAACUUGAUGAUUUGUCCGAAACGUGUGAUGUAGGAUCCUCAUUGGCAUCGAAAGUCAAUGUGUUCCUUGGAUUAUCUGGAGCCAACUUUGGGCUGUGUUCAUGCGCCUCCAGCAUAGUUAUUCCUACUUGUAACGUUCGGAAUGGUUUUUAUCCAGGUGACUUCUGUGGUCCACAGAACAACGCAUUAUGUGGUAAGAGCGCCUACCCACCAAGUUGUUUGUCUAAAACUUACUCUGAAUACCUUAUGAAUUUGAACCAGGAUAGUAAUAAGAUCGCUGACAAAACUUUCAGUGCAUGGAGUCAAGAUGAUGAGUUAUUAGGAAACAAAAACUAUGUGUGGGGUAACUUCACCAGUCUUAUUGUGCAUUCAACUGGCCAUAAGAUAUAUAAUGGACUUACUCACAUGCAAACGAAAGAAAACACGUCAUCAGAUCAAUUCCUCAUGAUAACAACUGGUACCAUUCCAAAAUAA